AUGGAAGAUUCCUUCGAAGAGCAAGUCCUCAAGAUCCAAGAUCGUAAGAAGCUGCUCGCCUCCACUCUAUUAUCAAACAGCUCUUCCCUGGAGAACCUGCGCCAUCUGCUCAGCGAGAAAAAAGAUCUCGAAAUUUAG